AUGCUUCACUUAUCAGGGGGCGAUCUCCGCCAAGCGGUUUUCGUGGGAGGCACCGAGGCAGCAACAGCCGCCACCUCCGAGGAGGAAGAGGAGUACAUCAGGGAAAAGGGUAGGACGUGGUGGUGGUGGUGUGUCAGAAGGAGGCGGCAAGAAACGGAGAAUGGUAACCCGAGGUUCCGCCCUGGCACGAAAGCCCUUAAGGAGAUUCGUCAAUUCCAACGUACUACCGAGCUCCUGGUCCCGAAGGCCCCCUUCGCCAGAGUUGUUCGUGAAAUACAGUUACUAUUUGCAGGAGAGGAAUGGAGGUGGUCCCGUGAGGCCCUUAUAGCAUUACAAACAGCAGCUGAGGCUUACCUUGUGGGACUAUUCGAGGAUGCAAUGUUGGUAGCGAUCCAUGCCAAACGGGUUACAUUGAUGGCUAAGGAUAUCCGUCUCGUCCGUCGUAUUAGAGGAGACGUCUUUGUGUAG